AUGUCUUUCUGUAAAGAACGUCAAAAAAACUUACAUGUAUCUAAAGAAACUAUAGAACAGGGAGUUGAUACAAUGAUAAAUGAUUUUAUCAGUCACUUGGAAAGCCUAAGAGCUUCAUUUAAACAGAGACUUGAGAAAUAUGAACAAGAUGAGUCUAAAACUCUUGAGAACCAGAUUUCAAAUCUUUCCAAUCUCUUAUCAAGAGCAAAGUAUCAAAAACAAUUACUAACUGUGUCAGUAGAACAAGGGUCAAAUGAAGAAUGCUUAGUAGAAAGAGAAAACAUAUUGAAAUCAGAAGGAGAAAUAAAGAAGAAUUCUAGUGUUUUCCCUGUCAAAAUACCAUAUGAUGGAAAACUUUCGUUUCAUGCCGAUUCUGAAUUUUUAAAUUUGAAGUCAAAAUUGACAACAAUUGGACGUUAUAUUGAACUGGAAAAAGGUUGCAUGAAAAGACGUAAAAUCAAAAUGCUUUAUAAAAAAGACUUAAAUUGUGUCAUCUGUAGUGCUGUAUUCGAUCAUCAAGGUAACAUCAUUAUUGCUGACUACGCUCAUAAAAAAGUAUUUGCGUGCGAUUUGUCUUUGAAUUGCAAAUCUACAAUUUUGGUGCCUGGAAAACCAUGGGACAUAACGUGUAACAGAGCUGGUCUCAUAUUUGUUUCUUUGCCUUUCGAGAGAGAAGUUAUUGAACUUGAUAUAAAAAACGGCGUUGUUAAUAAACUAUUUUCAACAUCUGCUAACUGUAGGGGCUUGUGCUGGAUGAAUGAUAAAUUCUACAUCGCUAGUAGCAUCGGUCUUCAGAUAUAUUCUGAUGUCGGAGUAAAAGAAGAUGAAAUACAGAUGUUCAACACCUGGAUGUUAUCCGAAAAACAAGAUUUGGAUUGUAUUCUGUGCACGAAAAAUGAUGAACUGAUGGAAAUUUCGGUGCAUUCUAAGAAGAAGAAGACAUUAUUCGAACGAUUUGGUUCUGUAUUUCGUGGCAUUAGCACUGAUUAUGAAGGUAAUAUAUACACAGUUGGGAUGAGCAGUAGCAAACUUUACCAGUUGUCUUCAGAUGGAAAUUUAAUUCGAGAGUUGAAUUUGAAAGACUUUCAUUUGAAGGGCAAUCUUUGGAGUAUUCGACUAAGCGACAAAAACAAAUUUGUCAUCACGACUGAUGAAGGUUGUGUCGCUUUGUUUGAGAUGACUGAUGAUGUAUAA